AUGCAGCAGCAGGUUGUUGGGGAUAAGGAUCUGAAUGAAGAACAACUUUUUAAUCAGCUGUUCAAAGCUAGACUUGGACAUCCUCCAUAUGACAAAUACGAAGGUUGGUAUGAUAUUACCUUAUGGGAGGAAAUUGUGAAAGAAUUGGGAAGUCGUAGUCUAUUUCACAAUCCCACGAUAACCGACGUGCUAAAAGUUGUCAUCAAAUAUUAUAAGGAGUAUAAAAGUGGCCCUGAAUUGAUUCAAAAGUGUUUGAGUCAUUCUCUCAGGCUCAAUAUUUACCGUGUAUUUAGCUCCUUUACUGACAAAUUUGGCUCUCUAACAUUUGAUGCCCUUGAAACAAUGCACUCUAUAGUUAGGCCGCAAAGCAGUCUGAGUGGUGAAAUCAUAGAGUACAAAAAUGAUGCACAGGCGUUGGAAGAACUCAUUAAGGUUUGCGAGGAGAAGGCGAGAAGGAUACUUACCUCCACAUCAAAUAGAAAAGGAAUUAGAGAGUUUAGGAAGGAGACGGGUUUUGUGGGGCUUAUGGCACUGCAAUAUGGUGAAGAUUUGACUGCUCUAGGAAUUACUGAUGAUGAGAAGAUUUGGUUACUCCAAAAAUUUAAUUCAGGAUCUAUUGAAUAUAUGUCUUUGGCAAAUCAGCCUCUUCAAACAAGACUCAAUUUUUUUCGGAGAAUUCUUCAAGAUGCUGAUAUUACUGUACAUGAACCCGAAUGUUCCAGCCACCGAUCCUCCACUGCUAAGUCUUCUAAAAGAAGAAAAGAAUCAAGGAUCAAUUCCUAG